AUGGCCAAGAUCGGUCGGGUGGCUCUUCAACUAAGAGAGUUUACACCUGAAGACUCAGAGCUGUUCUUCAGCAUUGCCGACCGCAGCUUCCACGCAGCCGGCAUCACUUCCGAGGUGACAAAGUUCGGACACAUAUGUGGCAAGCUCUCCAAGUCGAAGCACGCCGUCGAGGUGAGAGACAUCAUUCUCAAUCCACCACUGGAGAACCCUUACACUCACCUGAAGACGGAGCUCAUUAAACGCCUCAGCUCCUCUCAGCAAAAGAAGACGAGGAGACUGUUGAAGGGCGCGGAAAUGGGAGACAUGAAACCGUCUCAAUUUCUGCGUCACCUAAGCAAUCUGGCAGGAGCCGGCUUUCCUGACGACACACUACGGACACUAUGGAUAACAUGCCUCCCGGCCGACGCCCAGGCGUUGUUGGCCACACAACGCAAUUCUGCUCUUGAGGAUGCCGCAGAACUCGCCGACCAAAGGAUUCAGAUUCUGAAGUCGAGGAUCCCACCAGGCGCACCACAGAUCACAGAGACAUGCGCCCACGGCAUUGAGACACUCGUCAGCCUCAAACUCUCUCAGUUAGCUCUCCCUUGA